AUGGAUAAAAAAGCUCCAGAAAACAACGAUACUUCAACACAAUCCGUUGAGGACCCUGAGGGUAAAACGGCGCACGUUCAGCCUGCUUCGUAUGCCAAUAAGAAAAAUUACGUUUUUGGAAAGACACUGGGUGCCGGUACGUUUGGCGUGGUAAGACAAGCUAGAAAUUCUGAAACAGGAGAGGACGUUGCUGUUAAGAUUCUCAUAAAGAAAGCACUAAAGGGGAACAAGAUCCAGUUAGAGGCGCUAUACGAUGAAUUGGAUAUUUUGCAAAGGUUGCACCAUCCGAAUAUCGUGGCAUUCAAGGAUUGGUUUGAAUCGAAAGACAAGUUCUAUAUUAUCACUCAAUUGGCUAAAGGUGGUGAAUUGUUUGAUCGCAUUUUGAAAAAGGGUAAAUUCACUGAGGUGGAUGCGGUGAGAAUCCUGGUUGAGAUUUUAAGCGCUGUCAAAUACAUGCACUCCCAGAAUAUUGUUCAUAGGGAUUUAAAGCCAGAAAAUUUGCUUUAUAUAGAUAUAAGCGAUGAAUCUCCAUUGGUGAUCGCUGAUUUUGGUAUUGCCAAGAGGUUAAAAAGCGAUGAGGAGCUCAUUUACAAAGCAGCAGGUUCGUUGGGUUAUGUGGCCCCAGAAGUGCUUACCCAAGAUGGCCAUGGUAAACCUUGUGAUAUUUGGUCGAUUGGUGUCAUCACAUAUACGUUGCUGUGUGGCUAUUCUGCAUUCAAAGCUGAAAGAGUCAUGGAUUUCCUUGACGAGUGUACAACCGGGAAGUAUCCAGUGACAUUCCAUCGGCCUUAUUGGGAUUCAGUAUCUGAUAAAGCUAAGCGAUUCAUUUUGAAAGCUCUUGAUUUAGAUCCCACAAAGAGGCCAACCGCUGCAGAACUGUUGGAAGACCCAUGGAUUGUUUGUACAGAACUAAAAACGCAUAAUUUGUUGCCUGGCCUGAAGGAAGGAUUGGACGCUCGCCAAAAAUUCCGUAACUCUGUUGAAAAGGUCAGAUUAAAUAUGAAGAUUCAGAAACUAAGAAACUUGUAUCUUGAGCAAACUGAAAGCGAUUCUGAUUUCGACGAGAACAACCGUUCCACGCCUUCAUUACAUUCAAUGGAUACAAAACCAACAUCUAGUAAACUAUCAAACAAAGAGCAAUCCAAAUUAAAGUCUGAGUUAACUAGCGAAGCUUUUGCACAACUAGUCAAUACAGUGAUUGCAGAAAAAGAGAAAUUCUUAAACAUUAACAGGAUCUGCAGUUCUGAUAACGAAAGUGAUAGUGAUAAAAAACCGUUGGAUUAUGCGGAUGCGACACAAGAUGAAAAGGGUGCCAAGACAGAUAGCUGA